AUGCUGAAUCAUAAGCUCAACGAUCAAGUCUUAGAGAAUAUCCUCCUACAUUUACCUGCAAAAUCGCUUUUGGAUUUCAGGUAUGUUUGCAAGUCAUGGUAUGCUCUGAUCACCAGUCCUGUUUUCAUCUCAAACCACACUGAUUUAACCAUCAAGAACAGCGAAUCCGAUAACAAUGAUCGUAAGCUAAUUAUCAAGAGCUUCUCCAAGGAUGACAAGAAGAAGGAGAGAUACUCAUUACAUCAUGUCAAUGAGUCAUUCGGUAUGUAUGAUCAAGAAGAUCUUUUUCCAUUCGAGAGUCGUUUCGAUUGCUUUAAGAUUAUUGGUUCGAUUAAUGGUGUAUUUUGUUUGUGCGACACUCGAUUUGAUCGUUUGCCUAAGCCAUUGAUUCUAUGGAACUCAAUAGGAUUAUCUCUUACGCUCCCAAUGCCAAAUAUUCACCAUGGUUUUACAGUCACUGGAUUUGGGUAUCACAGGGAGAGGAAUGACUUCAAAGUUAUUAGAAUUCUGUAUGACAAGAAUGGUUCAGGGUUUGGUGGUGUAGCUCCAACAAAGGUCGAGGUUUUCGCGGUCAGCGUUGGCGAGUGGAGCGGCAAUAUUGUUGAUAGAGCAGCUCCUACUUGUUCAAUCCCGGCAAAUUUAUCACAAGCUUAUUUGAAUGGUGUUGUUCACUGGAUUGGAUAUCAUUGUCCAGGUAACGAAAAGAGAGCUCUGCGCAAAUGGUUUGUGGCCACGUUCGACGUUGGAGGCGAAUUCUUUGGAGAAAUUGAGAUGCCAGAUGAGAUUGCUACACAGAGAAUGAGUGAAGCAGCCUACUUUUAUUUAGAUACUUACAUUGAGACUCUUGCUCUCUUGAAGGGUACUAAUAGGGUCUCAGAGCACGCUGGUUCUUCGCGUGAAAUUGAAUCGGGAAGAACAGGUUUGUCUGGUGAGGAGGAAAAUUUUGAGAACAAGAAGAAGAAGAAGCCUAAGAGAGUGGAAGAAUAG